AUGGAGCUCGGGGGGCCCAACUGCUUCUGUUGUGGUGGGGGGGGGGGGGGGGGGCAGGCUUUGGUGGUCUGGGUGUCGACCUUUAGCGAGAAAUCCAUUAGCCGCGACGCAGAGAACAACCGCAGCACCAGGAGGAAACCGGAGCACCUAGAGGAAACCAGAGCACCAGGAGGAAACCGGAGCACCAGGAGGAAACCGGAGCACCUAGAGGAAACCGGAGCACCUAGAGGAAACCGGAGCACCAGGAGGAAACCGGAGCACCAGGAGGAAACCGGAGCACCAGGAGGAAACCGGAGCACCAGGAGGAAACCGGAGCACCUGGAGGAAACCGGAGCACCUAGAGGAAACCGGAGCACCAGGAGGAAACCGGAGCACCAGGAGGAAACCGGAGCACCAGGAGGAAACCAGAGCACCUGGAGGAAACCAGAGCACCUGGAGGAAACCGGAGGAAACAGGAGCACCAGGAGGAAACCGGAGCACCUAGAGGAAACCGGAACACCAGGAGGAAACCGGAGGAAACAGGAGCACCAGGAGGAAACCAGAGCACCUAGAGGAAACCGGAACACCAGGAGGAAACCGGAGCACCAGGAGGAAACCGGAGCACCUGGAGGAAACCGGAGAACCAGGAGGAAACCGGAGCACCAGGAGGAAACCGGAGCACCAGGAGGAAACCGGAGCACCUGGAGAAAACCGGAGCACCUGGAGGAAACCGGAGCACCUGGAGGAAACCGGAGCACCUGGAGGAAACCGGAACACCAGGAGGAAACCGGAACACCAGGAGGAAACCGGAGCACCUGGAGGAAACCGGAGCACCUGGAGGAAACCUUCGCAGCACACUGGAAUAACAAAGGUCCUAAAACCCACGAACCACUGCUUUUGUUUCCAAUAUAA